GUGGUUAUCCAUCUCAGCCGUACCCACCACAACAGGGUUAUCCCGGUUAUCCACCUCAGCCGGGCUACCCCCCUCAACCGGGUAUCGCGCCACAACCUAUGUUUCAACCCUCAUACCCUCCGCAAGAUCAAGGAUAUAUAGGACAACCAGCAAUGGCCCCGGGUGGAAAUUAUGAACACUAUGAUCCCGAAGAUCAAAGUGCUAAAGGCUUUGACUUUACUGAUCAAUCAAUUAGAAGGGGAUUUAUUCGUAAAGUGUAUUCCAUUCUGACGGUCCAGCUUGCUAUUACACUUGGUUUCAUAGCACUGUUUAUGUAUCAUCAAGGCACCCAAUUAUGGGUAAAGAGACACCCAGAAAUGUUUUGGAUUGCAUUGGGAGUGAUGAUUGUUACUCUUAUAUCCAUGGCAUGUUGCGGCAGCGUGCGCCGUAAAGCUCCGAUGAACUUUAUUUUCCUAGCACUGUACACAUUUGCGCAAUCAUUCCUACUCGGUGUGACUACAGCCAGGUUUAGCUCUGAUGAGGUACUUCUCGCGGUAGGCAUAACGGCGGCUGUUUGUCUCGGUCUGACACUUUUUGCUUUUCAAACAAAGUGGGAUUUUACAGUGAUGGGUGGAGUUUUGUUCGUUGCAGUUAUCAUACUGAUGCUUUUUGGAAUCAUCGCUAUAUUCUUCCCGGGAAAAACUAUUACAAUCGUAUAUGCAAGCGCUGGAGCACUGUUGUUCAGUAUUUAUCUAAUCUAUGACACUCAACUGAUGAUGGGUGGAGAACACAAGUACAGCAUAAGCCCUGAGGAAUACAUUUUUGCUGCAUUGAAUUUGUAUCUAGAUAUUAUCAACAUAUUUAUGUAUAUUCUUACCAUCAUUGGCGCGUCGCGCGACUAAAAUCAAAUAA